CAGGCCUUGGGGGCGGGGCGGCCGGCGGGGAGGGGGCCGCUCCGUCCGCGAGGGCGGCGCGCUGCGGGGUCGGCGGCGGCGGCUGCAGCCUCGGCGGCGCGCUCCCGGCAGCCAUGUACCGCAGCGGCUCCCGCUCCUCCGUCUCUUCGCACCGGCCGAAAGACGGCGGCGGGAGCGGUUCGCGCUCCGGCCGUUCCGCCGGCUCCUCCUCAGGCCCGGCGCGCCGCCCCUCGCCGCCGCCGCCGCCGCCGCCGCCGCCCUCUUGCUCGUCGCUGCGGCUCCCCUCCCGCCGCCACCGCUCGCCCUCCGGCCACCGCAGCCGGCGGGCCUCGCCGUCCCUGCCUCGGGGCCGUCGCGGCUCCCGCUCCCCGCCCCGCGGCCACCGGGCCUCGCCGUCUCCUCCUCGCGGCCGGCGGGCCUCGCCGUCCCCUCAGCGGGGUCGUCGCGGCUCCCCGUCCCCGCCGCGCGCCCGUCGCGGCUCCCCGUCGCCGCCGCGGAGCCGGCGACUCUACCCGCCGGGCCUGGCUGGCUUCCGAGGCAGCAUUCGAGGCGAGUCCUGCGCCGACUUCGCCCGGGACGGCCGCGGAGACCAUCCAGGCGACGGCGGCAGUCGGAGACAUUCUCCAGGUCUGUGCUCUGAUUCUUCUUUGGAGCAGAGUUUAAGGAUCACGGUUGGCAAUGACCACUUCUGUCCUAGCACGCCAGAGCGGCGUCGGCUCAGUGACCGGCUGGGGUCUCCAGUGGAUGGUCUGGAGGACGUGGGCAGGGAUAACCUGACUGAUAAUUCUGUCUUCACUCGAAGCUCCCAGUGCUCUCGAGGCCUUGAACGAUAUAUUUCUCGGGAGGAGGGGCCACUUAGUCCCUUCUUGGGACAACUUGAUGAGGACUACCGGACGAGAGAAACUUUUGUGCAUCGAUCUGAGUAUAGUCCCCAUAUCAGUUGUCAUGAUGAACUAUUGAGGGGAACAGAACGGGAUAGAGACAAACUCAAAAGCUCCUCCUAUUCCAUAGGAUCUGAGGAAAGAAGCCGGGAGGCCAAAAGGCCCCGUUAUGAUGACACAGAGAAGAUACACGGCAUGGGAGGAGAUCACUCAAGUUUUACAUCUGGGACUCGCAACUAUCGACAGCGAAGAAGCAGCCCAAGCCCUAGCUUUCUUGACCCUGAGUUUCGAGAACUGGACCUUGCCAGGAGAAAGCGAGAGGAAGAGGAGGAACAAAGUAGGAGCUUGAAUCAGGAGCUGGUGAGCGUUGAUGCUAGGACUGGAUGUUCCAUCCCUGGGUUGUCAGGUGUCCUAACAACAGAGGAGCCAGGAUAUUCUUUGCAUCGGCCUGAGGAAGUACCUGUGAUGCCUAAGAAGUCCAUUCUGAAGAAACGAAUUCAAGUGGACACGAAGCCUUCCUUGCAGCGUGAGAGCUUUUCCAGCAGUACCAGCUCCAGCCAGGAUUGCCCCCUCUAUUCUGAGCAUCCACCUCUUCCACUAAGUGGUGCUAUUGCUGCUUUUGCUUCGGAGAUUGAAAACAAAGGAACUGCAGUGGAGGCCGACCUGAAAGAACCUCAGGGUAACCUGUACCAGUGGGGUCCCUUCUGUGAGAUACCUAAAGACAACAGUGAAAAAGUCGACAGUUUUUUGUGCUAUAAAGAAAAAUUGGAUUUGAAGGCUGAGGGACUUGAACGACAUACGGACUUUUUACUGCCCCAUGAGAGAGCUAGCCAGGACGGCAGUGGCUUUUCUCGAAUUCUGAGCAUGUUGGCAGAUCCUAUCAAUACACAGGAAAAAAGAAGACGUAGCUUCCCUGAUAUUGAGGAUGAGGAGAAAUUUCUCUAUGGGGAUGAAGAGGAGGAUAUAAAAUCAGAAUCCCCACCUAAGUCUCUGGGGGCUCCUGAGAGUAAAGUUGCGAGACAGAAGGCAAGCUCUCUGCCUUCAACUCCAGCCAUCAAGCUAGAAUCACUAGAAGAGAACAAUCCAGAAUAUGCCAAGAUUCAUGACUUGCUUAAGACCAUAGGACUGGAUAUUGGAGUAGCAGAAAUUAGUAAAUUGGCUGCACGCACCCAAGAAAGACUUCAUGGCAAGAAGCCAUCUUCACGCUCCUUAGCUGACCGACAUUCAUCUGCUGACAGACAUUCAUCUGCUGAUCGAUGUUCAUCCGCUGACCGACACUCAUCUGCUGACCGACGCUUUUCAGAUGACCGCUGUUCCUCAAUUGACCACAGUUUCACAACUGAUCGGCGCUCAUCAGAUCCUCACAGACUGGAGAGUAGGGAGGCACAUCACAGCAAUACUCACUCCCCAGAAGUAUCCCAUCCACACCCAGCCUCCCCAGUGGAUCCUUACCUGCUCACAAAAAAUAGCCCUCCAUUCCUAAAGUCUGACCGUCCAAUGGGUUAUGUUUCAGGACCAGAGAUAGUUGGCAGUGGGUUUCAGUCAUCAGUUGCCGUUAGGUGCAUGUUGCCUUCAGCCCCAUCUACCCCAAUUAGACUUCCUCAUUCUGCUUCUUUAUCUCAGUAUCACAUACCAAGGGCCCCUCAGUUUGCUACAGCUCGGAUACCGCCAAACUACCAGGGACCUGUCAUUCCCUCUGCCUCCUUUGAUGCUUAUAGGCACUACAUGUCCUAUGCAGCAUCAAGGUGGCCCAUGUAUCCUGCCUCUCAACCAUCAAGCCACCCUUUGUCUGACCCACAUAGGCUAAUACCAGCAACCAAACAAGCUACUCGUAGUCGUCCAAAUCUCCGUGUGAUCCCCACUGUGACUCCUGCAAAGCCCAAACAAGGGGUAUCAGUUUUAGGCUCAGUUUCUGUUAAGCGAGUUCCUGUUCGGGUGUCCAUUCCAUCACUCGUGAGAUAUAAUCCAGAGAAGAUCUCUAAUGAGAAGAACCGUGCCUCCCAGAAGCAGAAGGUUAUUGAAGAGAGGGAAAAGCUGAAAACUGACCAGGAAGCCCGGCAGAAGAAAAUGUUUUAUCUCAGGACAGAGUUGGAGCGGCUUCAUAAACAACAAGGGGAGAUGUUGCGCAAGAAGCGAAGGGAGAAGGAUGGUCACAAAGAUCCACUUCUGAUGGAGGUGAGUCGACUGCAGGACAGUAUCAUGAAGGAUAUUGCAGAGCUACACAAAGAGACUGAAGAGGCAGAAAAGAAGCAGUCUGAACUGGACAAAGUGGCUCAGAUAUUGGGAAUUGACAUCUUUGAUAAAUCUCUGAAAUCUUCAAAUGACUGUAAAGAGUAUGCAGAGAAGCCUGAAAAAGGAGAAAAAUCUAAGAGCCCAGAAAAAGAGUUGUCACCCUCAAAUGGUUCCUCUAACAACAAGGAAUCAAACGUAAAUGAAAACUCCUGUAUAAAGAACCCUAAUUCUACUGAGAGCCUCCAGCCAACUGCUAAGCAGUCUGAUCAGCCUGUUGCUGCUUAUGAGUAUUAUGAUGCUGGCAAUCACUGGUGCAAAGACUGCAAUACCAUCUGCGGGACCAUGUUUGACUUCUUCACCCAUAUGCACAAUAAGAAGCACACACAGACACUGGAUCCCUACAACAGACCUUGGGCUUCAAAGACCCAGAGCGAGGCUAAGCAAGAUACUGGAAAGCGAACUGACAAGAUAACUGUUCCUGCAAAAGGCUCUGAGUUUCUGAUUCCCAUCACUGGAUUUUACUGCCAGCUUUGUGAGGAGUUUUUGGGGGAUCCAAUUUCUGGAGAGCAACAUGUGAAGGGUCACCAGCACAAUGAGAAAUAUAAGAAAUAUGUGGAAGAAAACCCAUUGUAUGAAGAACGAAGAAAUCUGGACCGCCAAGCUGGCUUGGCUGUCGUCCUAGAGACAGAGCGACGGCGGCAAAGUGAGCUAAAGCGCAAACUUAGUGAGAAACCAAAGGAGGAGAAGAUAGAAAAAAAGGCAAAAAUUAUGAAAGAAGCAAAGGAAGAUGACAAAGCCUCUGAAGAGCUUGAGGACCAACUCUCUGAGGGUGGGAAUUCCCCUGAGAAAGGUGAAAUUAAAACAAAUGCUAGCCUCAAACUCCAAGUAAAAGAAGAGGUAAAGAAGGAAUCAUCAAUAGCAUCUUCUUUUGGAAAGUUCAGUUGGAAGAAGCCAGAAAAAGAAGAAGAAAAAAGUUCAGUGGUGGCUCCAAGUAUCCCUAAGGAAGACACCAUGGAAAACGCUAAGGACAAAGAUGAUGGAAAAGCUGAAGUUGGAAAGGCAAAGCCCAUCAAAAUCAAGCUUUCUGGGAAAACUGUUGUUGCACAUACCAGCCCCUGGACACCUGUUGUUACAACUUCUACACAGACUAAGAUCCGACCCAACUUGCCUAUCCCAUCCACAGUACUCCGCAAAUCAGGUUCAGCCACAGUGAGCAAGCCUGCUCCUCUUAACACUUUUCUGUCUAUCAAGUCCUCUGGAACCUCUGCCAAGCCUCUGCCAGUGGUUAAAGAGUCCUCAUCGGAUCUUCUCUUGCCUCCAGAUAUCAUCUCCAAAGCUUUUGGAGGAGAAGAGGUAGUUCUAAAAGGGUCUCCAGAGGAAAAAAUAGAACCGGCUGAAAAGAAUGAGCCAUCCCAAGUACCUGAGCAAAUGUUGGCUCUACUUCCACCGCCACCACCACCACCUCCACCUCCACCUCCACCUCCACCACCACCACCCCGGGUUAUACCUCAUCUUUCUACCCCAUCUCCUGCUCAAACAAAUGCUGUCUUAACUCCAGGAAAAUCCAAUUUGGUUGUAUCUCAGACUCUCGGUCUUGGCUUCCAAGGUCCUAACAUUUUGAAGCCAGGGUUGCCUGUGACCUUCAUGGCUGCAGAACAACCAGCUACCAUUCCUUCUGAUGAGACAGCUCCUGGGGUGAGUGAGAGUGAUCGGAACCAGACCCUGAUCUCUAUGUUAGUACGGCCUCCACCACCCCUCUCAAGUGUAUUCAGUGAACAGGCCAAAAAAUUAGAAAAGCGAAAUUCGUGCUUAGCCACAGCCAAUGCUAAGGACCUCUAUGACAUAUUCUACAGUAGUGGUGGAAAGGGGGCACAUGAGACUAAGCUGAGUAGUAGUCCAUUGGCCAAUGGGGAAAACAACAGCCUCUCUAAAACAGAAAGCUCAGAUACCUCCUCCACUUCUGCUCUGAACAGUAGUGUGACCCCAGAGGACCUGCCUCAAGACAGUGCUUUGGUCACUCCUCCUAUAAUCAGCAAACUUGAAAAUCCCAUUUCAAAAGGACUGGUGUCCAUAGGGAAAUGGUCAGUUGUAGAUCAUAUAGACCCCAAAAGCAGAGACAGCAGCUACAGCUUCCUACAGCCUCUGACAAGAUUAUACCAAAAUAGGCCUUAUGAAAUGGCUACCCCAAAGACAGACACUUUGGCUGUGUGGACUUCUAGUUCCUUCCAGAAUGACACUGAUAAGGAGAGACCUCCAGAGGGGAAAAUCAAAUUUGACCUGGGAGAGCCAGGGCCACUUGGUACAGACUCAGCUUCUCAUCUGUCAGAUAUAUACUGUCAUACCAAGGGGUCUCAGAAGUUGCUAGAAACUAAGCUCAUAGAUAACCAAAACACGAGCCAAGAGCUGUACCAAUCAGAGGACUGUAGAGAAAGUAAACUGAAGAGAAACACUGAAGUAAAAGGAAAGGAAGCAGUUGAAGAAGGAGCAGGUGCCAACACUGGACUCCAUAGCACAGAAGAUUCUAAUUUGAACCAUGGCAACAGAAACACAUGGGAAGAAGAAAUAGGACAACCCAAAUUGUCAACAAAUGACAAAGAAGUGGGACAGUCUAGGGAACUGAUGACAGGACAUGAAAAUACAAGUAAAGUAGUAAUUGACUUGAGUCAGUCUCUCUCUCCCAAAAGGUCAAAAAUAGACUCAUUUCCAUCGUUGCUCCAGAAUCCAAAAGAUGUGCCUGAAUUACUUCUGCUGUCCCCAGCUGCAUCAAGUAUGUGUUUAAAGAGACAAGAGACUUGGGAGAGCCCAAAGAAACCAGAAAGGAGCCCAGAGAAACCUGGAGUGGAAGCUGUAGAGCUGCAAGAUAACUGUCCGGAGCUAACAGUGACAAUAGAAAGCAAAGCUUUGGAAAACUUUGAAGCUACACACUUAAAGGUAGAGGAGCUUGCUGCUCUGAGGAAUCUGGGGGAUGUGCAUGCUGAUUUCUGCAAUACUCAGAUAGAACGAACACAUAGAUCACCAACUGCCCUGUCACAGAAAAUGUGUGAAGAAAAUUCUGUGUUAUCUGUAGUGUGUAAUCCUUCCAGUCCCAAUGACUUUGAACCAGUACUAUCUUUUUCUGGGUCUCCAUUAGAAUCUUCCAAAACUUUGGUGCUUAAUUUUGAAACAGAAGGUGAACAAAGCUCAUCUAAUUUCAAAAAUGGGAGAAUCACCACUAAGUGUGUGGAACCUGGACACCCUAUGGAAAAUGGUGACCAUGACUUAGUUGGUGAGAGAACACACCAGGCCCUUGAUCUUUUGGCUGGAAGAAUGUUGUCUGAGGAAGCAAAAGAAACAUCACAACUACAGAAAGAUUUACUCAGAAUGGAAUCCACAACAGUCAGUCCUUCAGGCCUUGGACCAUCUCCUUGCCUUCCAGAUCUUGUUGAUUUUGUCACACGGACAUCUGGAGUUCUAAAAGAGAAACCAUGUUCUCCACUCUCUGAGCCCAAUGACUUUCUUAAAUGUAGUUCCUUGGAGAUGGGAUCACCACCAGUAGAAAUUCUGAAUGUCCCUGUCUCAGAAAUGGCGGUUCCUCAAGUAAGUGAGGGCAAUGACAGUGCUUUGAAUUUGGUAAAAACUCCAACCUCAGGGUCCCCCUCAAGGGAUCAGGUAGUUGGAGGCAAUCUGGACCCUCAGGAAAUGCCUGAACAAACAGCUGCAGUUGAUGUCAUCCCAGACCACACAAGGUCCAGUGUUCAUGACUACAACAGCCAGGACUUCAUUCAGCCAGGACUAAAUGGAUGAAUCAUUGGAUUGUAGAAAUUGGACCCCAGGUGAUCCAGGAGUUGGUAAUCUCAUCUGGAACCUUCACAGUAAAUGUUUGUGGGAGCUAAAAAAAAAAAAAAAAAAAAAAAAAAAAAUUGUCUCUUUUCCCCCUCACUCCUUUCCCUAUAAAAUAUUAGACAAAUAAAUCCUAACUUCUUUACAUAUCUGUAAAAAAUAUUUUCUGUUAAUUUUUUAAAAUUUUUGGCCAAAUUAUUUUCUCUUUGUCAUUAAAGUCAAAUGUCUAUCUGGCUCACCACAAAGUGUGCUUUGAUUUUGGCUUUCAGGCUGCCAUUUCUGGAAUGUGGGGGGGAGGGAAACGGCUGACUUCAGUUAUUGUGUUGUAUUACUUUUCUGGGCAGCUGAUGGCUCUCUGGGAGAAACAGCCAAAAGUUUGCUGAAAUGGAAAACUUUUGAAGAAAAAAUUGCUCCUCCCUUAGGUUUCCAUUCAUUCGGAUGGGCCUGCCUUAACAUUGUUAGGAGUGCACUGUGAGGAGCCCUUUGCUUGCUGUUUAACUUCCCUUUUUGGCAUGUUACCUCUGUCCUUCCUUCCUUUGCUGCCUUUGCUCCAAAUGGUCCUAAUCACCUACAGACUUGUUUGGACAUGGCCUCAGUAAAUGAAAAAGAAAACCUGGCAGGCUCAGUUUUGGAAGACAGCAAACGGGUAAGGCUUACUCCUGGCUAAAUACCAGAAGCAUUUUGUUUCUGAGGUCACUUUUAGUUUUGAAAUGGCCUUUGCUCAUUAUAUUGUUGUCAGUAACAUUUUGUGUUUAAUUGUUUAUCAGCCAUUUCUGUUGUGAACUCUGGAAGAUCUGAAAUUGGGAUUGGACUCACUCUCCAUUCCACAAACAUAGAUGUUACCCUCUACCUCUCCUUACCCAAGUUAUUACCAUCAUAGUGUGAUGUUUUGGGUUGUAAAUUUUGUUUAAUAAAAGAUUAAAGAAUUUAUGAAGUUGGCUUGGACAAGUUUAACUCCAUAUUUAAUGUGUUAAUUUUCUGGAAUAAAUAUUCAUCUUUU